CGGGGAUUUGAAAGGCUUUCUGUUUGUAUUACUAUUAAUAUCAACGCCAAUAGUUUUGUCUGCGCCUGUCUGUCAUGGGCUCAAACUAAAUUAAAUAGACCACUCGUGUAGGAAAUUAAUUUUCUUCUGAUUAACGGUUUCGUGCUGUUCGUGUUCCUGGGGUGCGAAAUUCCAAAUUGAUUGACUAGAUUAGGGUCGGGGGCAUUUUCUCCCUUCCUGACUCGUGCUACCUCUCGGAUUGAGCCCUGAGAGUAUCUUUGGCCCCUGGAAUUCUGGGACUCCCAAGGCUCAGAUAUCGGAAGCUGGGGAUUCCGGGCGACAACCGCCAGAUAUAGUCUUAUAGAUAUGGAUAUAUGCGUGUCUAUGCGCAUCAGUGUGUGUGCGUGGUUGUGGAUUCAUUUCUGACUAACUACUCCAAUACGGCAAAUGCAAUGGAACUUUUGAGUGGGUUCUAGGAGUUUGUGGUUGUGGAAUCAUUUAUGACUGCUGCUAGUACAGUAGUACUACCAUAGUUGUAGACGAACAAUGCAAUGGAACUUUGAAAGAGGACCUUGGGCUGUGGUCUGAUCGUGGGACUGGCCAAUGAACAAUUCACAAUGAAUGGGGUUGGGUGGGAUCCUUGUCCAUGGGAUGGGCACCCCUGACAACAAACUGUCGGAGCUAGUUGACAUCGUCAAGUCCUGGAUCCCUCGCAGGACCCAUUCACCCAAUGUGUCCAGGGACUUCUGGAUGCCCGAUCAUAGCUGUAGGGUAUGCUACGACUGUGACUCCCAGUUCACCAUUUUUAACCGCAGGCAUCAUUGUCGACUCUGUGGCCGAGUUUUCUGUGCCAAGUGCACAGCUAACUCGCUUCCUGCCCCAUCCGAUGACCCAAGGACUGGUAGCGAAGAUUGGGAACGGAUCAGGGUGUGUAACUAUUGCUUCAAGCAGUGGGAGGAGGGGAUAGAACCACCUGAUAAUGGCACCAAUGCACCCACCCCUGGUCUCAGUCCCUCACCAUCUGCAACAAGCUUGGCCAGUACCAAGUCCAGUUGCACCUGUCAUAGUAGCAGCAGCACUGUCGGUUCAACUCCUUACUCCACUGGCCCUUAUCAGCGUGUGCCAUAUACUUCUGCUGUUAGCCCUAGUCAGUCCGUCCAUGUGGAUCCAGUUAUGGUUGAGCAGCACACUAUAAUAUCCACGAAGAGCAGAAAUCCCAGCUCUGCUGUAGUAGCUUCAUCUCCAAACCGAUUUGGCUUUUGUAUGAACAGGAGCGAUGAUGAGGAUGAUGACUAUGGUGUUUAUCAGUCAGAUUCAGAAACAAGACACUUCUCUCAGGGCUAUGAAUAUUAUAGCACAGUUAACAUUGAUGAAAUCGACCAUGUCUAUGGACCUCAUAAUGUGCAUCCUAACGGAGAUAACAUCGACUUGAACAGUGUGAGUUCUUCACUGUUACCUGAGAAUUUUGACACAAAGAGUUUGGAGGGGAUUAGGGAACUUGGGAAAGAAGCAGAUGAACAUAAUAACUGUGACAGCUGUGAAGCUCCAUGUGACAGCUGUGAAGCUCCAUGUGACACUGAGGGUCUGGACGCUGAACCUGUGGAUUUUGAGAACAAUGGGCUACUCUGGCUCCCUCCAGAGCCAGAGGAUGAAGAGGAUGAGAGGGAGGCUGUUCUAUUUGAUGAUGAUGAUGAUGAGGCUGCGACAGGGGAGUGGGGAUAUCUACGCUGUUCAAGAAGCUUUGAUAGUGGGGAGUAUCGUAGUAGGGAAAAGUCAAGUGAGGAGCACAGGAAAGCCAUGAAAAAUGUGGUGGAAGAUCAUUUUAGAGCUUUGAUAGCUCAACUGUUGCAGGUUGAAAACCUUCCUGUGGGUGACGGACAUGACACAGAGAGUUGGUUGGAUAUAAUCACAUCUUUGUCCUGGGAAGCUGCCACUCUUCUUAAGCCUGAUACAAGCAAGGGAGGAGGAAUGGAUCCUGGUGGAUAUGUGAAGGUUAAAUGCAUAGCUUGUGGGCGUUGCAGUGAGAGUAUGGUGGUUAAAGGAGUUGUUUGUAAGAAAAACGUGGCUCAUCGGCGAAUGACAUCAAAAAUAGAUAAACCACGUUUACUAAUCCUCGGAGGAGCUUUGGAGUAUCAGCGUGUUUCCAACCUGUUGUCGAGUUUUGAUACUUUGUUGCAGCAGGAAAUGGACCAUUUGAAGAUGGCAGUUGCAAAGAUUGAUGCUCACCACCCUAAUGUUCUUUUGGUUGAGAAGUCUGUUUCUCGAUACGCUCAAGAAUACCUUCUUGCAAAAGACAUAUCACUUGUUCUGAAUAUUAAGAGGCCACUUUUAGAGCGGAUAGCGCGCUGCACUGGGGCACAGAUAGUCCCUUCGAUUGAUCAUCUCAUUACGCCAAAACUGGGGUACUGUGACACGUUUCAUGUGGAGAAAUUCCUUGAAGAGCAUGGCAGUGCUGGCCAAGGUGGGAAGAAGUUGACAAAGACUCUGAUGUUUUUUGAGGAUUGUCCAAAGCCUUUGGGUUGUACUAUUUUGCUCAAGGGUGCCAAUGGGGAUGAAUUGAAGAAGGUGAAACAUGUAGUUCAGUAUGGCAUUUUUGCAGCUUAUCACCUGGCCUUGGAGACAUCUUUUCUGGCUGAUGAAGGUGCUUCGCUUCCAGAACUCUCUUUGAAGUCUCCCAUAACUGUUGCAUUACCUGAUAAACCAUCAAGUAUCGAGAGGUCCAUUUCCACUGUUCCUGGUUUUACUGUUCCUGCCACUGGAAAGCCUCCGGAUCCUGAACCUAUCAGUGAAUUACAGAAAUCCAAUGAAGGCCUCAUGUUAGAUAGAGCCUCAUCUACCAAUAGUGACCCUAUUUGCAAAUUGGAAGGGGCCGAUUCAACUGGACUGUCUGAAGUUCUUUGCUCCCAACCAAUUUAUGCUGAACCUACCUCAUGCUCCAAAGAAUCAACUUCUUCCUUGACUUGCCUGUCUGCUUCAUGGCAAGAUAGCUCAGCUUCCUACUAUAGUGAGCUCUCCUCAAAUUAUGCCUCUGCGGAGAACAAUAGAGUUGGUUCUAAGGAAUCUUUUCAGGCCAUAACAGCUAACACUAAGGAAGCUAUAGUAGAUGAUAUUCUGAUUUCUGAUUUUUUUGGCACCUCAGAAGCAUUACAACAAUGUGUUCAUGCUAGUCACACUGAUGGCAAUGCAUUGGCCGGAAACCAUGUAGGUUCUCCAGAUUUGGAAUCCUCAAAGGAAGAUAGUAAUAAUCAGAAUGAAGGGAUCGGAUCUUCAAAGGAAGAGUUUCCUCCCUCACCUUCAGAUCAUCUGAGCAUUUUGGUUUCCUUAUCAACACGUUGCGUGUGGAAAGGAACUGUCUGCGAACGAGCCCAUCUCUUUCGAAUCAAAUAUUAUGGAAGCUUUGAUAAGCCUUUAGGGCGGUUUUUACGAGAUCAUUUGUUUGAUCAGAGUUACCGUUGUCGUUCAUGUGACAUGCCAUCAGAGGCACAUGUUUUUUGUUAUACUCACCGGCAAGGGAGCCUUACAAUAUCUGUAAAGAAACUUUCAGAGUUUCUCUUACCAGGGGAACGAGAAGGAAAAAUCUGGAUGUGGCACAGGUGCCUCAAAUGUCCCCGAACCAAUGGCUUCCCUCCGGCCACUCAGAGAAUUGUAAUGUCUGAUGCUGCCUGGGGAUUGUCUUUUGGCAAAUUUUUGGAGCUGAGCUUCUCAAAUCAUGCAGCUGCAAGCAGGGUUGCAAGUUGUGGACAUUCCUUACACAGAGACUGUCUCCGGUUCUAUGGUUUUGGGAGAAUGGUUGCUUGCUUCCGCUAUGCUUCAAUUGAUGUCCAUUCUGUUUAUCUUCCACCACCGAAACUUGGAUUUUUCUAUGAUAAUGAGGAGUGGAUGCAAAAAGAAGCAAAUGAGGUAAGUAACAGGAUUGAAGGUCUUUUUACUGAAGUUCAGAAUGCUCUUCGUAAGAUUUCAGAGAAAGUAUCAAGUGCAGCAUUGCAAGAUGGUGGAGUGAAAGCACCUGAAUCUAGGCAUCGUAUUUCAGAACUGGAAGGGUUGCUACAAAAGGAGAAACAAGAAUUUGAGGAAUCAAUACAAAAAGUGAUCCAUAGAGAGGUAAAAGUUGGUCAACCUGCAAUUGAUAUUCUUGAGAUCAAUAAAUUGCGGAGGCAGGUACUCUUUCAUUCUUAUGUCUGGGACCAACGCCUGAUACAUGCAGCCAGUUUAAGUAACAAUAAUCUCCAGGAAGGUUUGAGCAGUUUCAUCUCGAAACUCAAGGAGAAAACCAUUAGUUCUGUGGAGAAGCUUAUUGAGAUAAAUGUGACCACUAACGCAGAUAAAAGCUAUAGUAGUUGCGACUCAUUUCUUCUGGAGCCAAAGCCUGAUAUAAACCUUAAUCAGGGAGCAAAGGCUGGUCACAUUCAUAAUCGCACCGAAGCUCAUAAAGGAAGUGAGAUGGACUUGGAUCUGAAUCAUACAAAGGAUGCUGAUCUUCAUCCUUCUUCUAGUGAAAAUAUGAGAGAUGAUUCUGACCUUCUGGAAUGUGGAAGAACUGUUCGAAGGGCCCUCUCAGAAGGAGAGUAUCCUGUUAUGGCAAAUUUAUCUGAUUCCCUUGAUGCGGCAUGGACUGGUGACAGUCACCCAAUUAGCAUACCCCUUAACGAUAAUUCCCUCCCUGAUCCAACUGUGGCGAAUUCUGUUGGAGCAAAAUCGCAUGAGGAAAAUUGCACUAUUGACAAAGGUGGGGUUGAGAUAGCUUCUACUCUUAGCUCUGUGUUACCUCCAAAGCAGCAUGAUAAUAUGGAAGGCUCCACUAGCUGGGUGCGGAUGCCUUUUCUGAACUUUUAUGGUUCAUUCAACAAAAAUUCUUCAUUGAAUUCUCAGCAGCUUGGUAUUGGUGAGCACAAUCCUGUCUAUGUUUCAUCAUUUAGAGAAUUGGCUCGACAAAAUGGUGGCAGACUGCUUUUGCCUGCUGGUGUUAAUGACACUGUUGUGCCGGUUUAUGAUGAUGAACCCACUAGUGUUAUAGCUUAUGCACUUGUCUCGUCUGAUUAUCAUCUCCAGAUGUCUGAGCCUGACAGAGCAAAAGAUGUUUUAGAUACUUCAGUUUCGUUGCCGCUUUUUGAUUCAGCGAAUCUACUCUCACUGAACUCUUUAGAUGAGUCAAUUCUUGAUUCCUACAGAAGUCUUGGUUCUACUGAUGAGAGCACUUCAUCUGUUUCUUGGUCCCGGAGCCCCCAGGUUGCGGACCCACUCUCACAUGCCAAGGGUUUUCAUGCCAGAGUUUGUUUUACAGAUGAUGGCCCUCUUGGGAAGGUGAAGUAUACAGUGACUUGUUACUAUCCGAAGCAAUUUGAGUCUUUGAGGAGGUCUUGUUGCCCUUCAGAGAUCGAUUUCGUACGAUCUCUUAGUCGUUGUAAGAAGUGGGGGGCCCAGGGUGGCAAGAGCAAUGUUUUCUUUGCAAAAACCUUGGAUGAUCGAUUUAUCAUCAAACAGGUCACGAAGACGGAGUUGGAGUCAUUCAUCAAGUUUGCACCAGCCUAUUUUAAGUACUUGUGCGAAUCAAUCAGCACCAGAAGCCCAACUUGUCUGGCUAAGAUCUUGGGCAUUUAUCAGGUUUCUAAGCACCUCAAAGGAGGGAAAGAAUCAAAAAUGGAUGUUUUGGUAAUGGAGAAUCUUCUAUAUAGGCGUAAUGUAACACGACUUUAUGACCUCAAAGGAUGUUCUCGCUCACGCUAUAAUCCUGAUACAAGUGGGAACAAUAAAGUUCUGCUGGAUCAGAAUCUGAUUGAAGCAAUGCCAACCUCUCCAAUUUUUGUGGGAAACCAGGCAAAGCGAUUGCUGGAGAGAGCUGUCUGGAAUGAUACUUCAUUUCUUGCUUCAAUUGAUGUAAUGGACUACUCAUUAUUGGUUGGUGUGGAUGAAGAAAAGCACGAGCUAGUUCUGGGGAUCAUUGAUUUUAUGAGGCAAUAUACGUGGGAUAAGCACCUUGAAACUUGGGUGAAGACCUCGGGCAUCCUUGGUGGACCUAAGAACACAACUCCAACUGUGAUCUCACCUCAGCAGUACAAGAAGCGGUUCAGAAAAGCCAUGACUGCUUAUUUUCUUAUGGUCCCAGAUCAGUGGUCCUCUCCAAUGAUUGUUCCCAGUGGGUCUCAAUCUGACCUUUGUGAAGAAAACUCGCAAGGUGGAACAUCCUUAGAUGGAUGAUGCGAAAUCUUUUUCCUGUAUAUGUAAGUUGGUAUAAAUUUUCCCUUUUUACUAUUUUCACAUUUCUUCUCUCGUUCUUCUAUUGUAUUAUUGGGAUGGCUGCCUCAUUGUGUUCUCUACAUAAAUGUAACCUUAAUUUUUGUUCUAUUUUUUUUUUUUUUCAGAAGAAUUUUUGUUCCAUUAGGAUAGGGAAAAGGCUUUUUUAACGCCGUGAACAUUUCAGUAGUGGUAUAGUACUGGAUAACCUCUCUUUUGGAGUAAUUGUAGAGUAUCUUCUUGUAUCGUCUAUGUAUAUUAUUUCAAGAGAGUGAAAAAUAGCACUUUUUUUAUGUAAUGCUUCUCUCAUCAUUUUA